AUGCCCAAGCCAACUGACAACAUUGAAGUUCUCCGAGAAGACCAGGAAAAGAUCAACAAGUUCUCUCGACUGAAUGGACAGCUCACGGAAGUUGACCAAAUGAUCGAGCAGCGUACAAAAAUCGUUAAGGACAUUGCUGAUGCAAACGAAAUCGUUGAGGAGCUGCAAAUUACUGACGAUGAGGCGCCGGUCCAUUUCAAAAUUGGCGAAUGCUUUUUCCUCCAGACCUGCGAGAAUAUGGGCGACCUCAUCGUUGCCGAGCAAGAAAACCUCAAGGCAGAGUUGGCCAAGCACGAGCUCAACAAAAAGACAAUCGUUGACGAGAUGAACGGACUCAAGAAGCAGCUUUACGCCAAGUUCGGCGACCAGAUCCACUUAGAGCGCGAAUGA